AUGGUGGUCGCCGACGCCACAGGAGGAGAAGAGGGGGCGAGGAUCUCCCCGAAGGGAGGCCAAGGAGAGGAGGAGGCGGAGGAGCAGCUGUGCCGCAUCUGCCGUCUCCCCGCCGAGGCGGAGCGCCCCCUGCGGAGCCCAUGCGCCUGCCGCGGCAGCAUCAGGUUCGUCCACGACGAGUGCCAGCUCCGGUGGAUCGCCGCCCGCGGAAAACCCCUAUGCGAGGUAUGCAACCGCGGCAUCACCACCCGGCUUCUCUACGCCGCGGACGCCCCCACGAGGCUGCCCGUUUCCGAGUUCAUGGUGGGGGCGUCCGACAAGCUCACGGGUCUGCUGCUGCUGCUCGUCUUCGCCGUAUGCGUCGUGCCGGAGUUUUCCGUUCACCUCGCCGCGCUCUGGGCUUGGCGCCUCGCGCUUGCCAGAUCCUUUGCUCAAGCGUGCUGUUUGCUCUCCCUCCGUCUUUCUACCGCCUCCGCCCUCGCUUUAUUUGCGCUCUGCAUUGCAUUCGCGUGCCGGUUUGCUCCAUUUGCUGUAGCUCCAUUUGCACCAUGGGUUGCACGCCUAGAAACUCGGCGUCAGGGGUUUCGUGGAUUUGAUGGCUUGCAAGUCCUUGCGCUACUUGCCGUUGAAGCAUUCUUGAUGGUGGUAAUAUUUGACAUGGCUCUUGCUUGUAUUUUGGUUUUUAUCCCAUUCUCGCUGGGAAGGAUAAUCCACUGGUGCAUAUCGUGUUCCAGUUUUUCCAGUGUGGGUGAAGUCAACUCCUACACUUCAACAGGCUCUGCCCUUCUAAUUGGAUAUGGACUUAUCAUUUCUGUCGGUGUCACUUUUCCUGGGCUGAACACUCUCUGGCAAUACUUUAGGGGGGAGCGCUUUAUGAUUGCAAUUUUCAUUAGACGGCUCCAUGCUAGAUUCCUCAGAGAGACCGCAGGUUUUACCACUCUUGCAAGUAUUCUCCUGAGCGCAUUUAUAAUGUACCCGUUGUUCUUUGGCUGGUUGCUUGAUGUCUUCACUUCAAAAAUGUUUGGUGCAACAAUGUCUCAAAGGUUGGAACUUCUGUUUGCUCCAUCUUUUGCUUCAGCUUCUCUUCAUUGUUUUAUUGGACACAUCUUUUUGAAUCUACGUCUCUGGUUAUCCGUAACUCUUCACAAGAUAUUGAGGCUGGGAGUUGCCUGUCCCUGUUGCCACAUCCACCGUAACCAUAUUCAGGAACCAUUCCACAAAUUUUAUUUUAAGCGUGCUCUUCUGUAUGACGUUAUCUUUAUGGCCGUAGUAAUUUUUGCUCCUGUUCAAAUUGCUGGCCAAUUGGCACCGGAGCUGUUCCCAUUAGAUAUCACUUGUGCUGCUGAAGGCUUAUCAUUAUGGCAAGCGCCACGAAACUAUGCCAAUUCAAUUUCUCGUGUUUUCAUUGUGUGGUUUCUCAUUAAGGGCACUUCUACAGUCACAUACCUUGAGUCGCUAGUGAAGAAGGUAACUCGGUAUUCGUAUGGCACUAAUGUGGUGCUUGCAUGGUCGACUGUUGCGAUAUACAGUUCGGCUGUGCUCAUUUUUCCAAUCUCAAUUGGGCGUCCCUUGUUGCUUGCCAUCACCCAGCUGCCAGUAGCAAGUGGAUUUGAAUCCAAUGAUCUGCUUGCUUUGGUUGUUGGGAUUGGCAUCAUAUUAACCAUUAUUGCUGCCACUAGAGAUUCAAUUGCCUGCAUGACUUGUGGGAGACCACGCCAUCUAGCUUUGAAGUACUCAACGAUUGUGUUCUUAUGGUCUAUCGCCAUUCCCUUCCUGAAUGGCUUGCUGGUUGAUUUAUUUCUAAUAUCACCUAUCGUUGGACCUGCUGACGACGUUUCAUUAUCCUACAUUUGGGCCCUUGGGUUUCUAUUUAUGAGAAUCUGGCUAAAGCUGGUUCAGCAGAUAAGGGCCAGACCUGUCCUUGCCUAUAUCAUUGAUGAAAGGUGGGUUCCGACGAUUGUUCGGUGGAAGGCCGAUUGUCUUUCUUGGGAGAUAUCAAUGUGCUGGUUCUUGCAAGAAAUCUUCAUGCCUAUUGCCACGAGGCUACUCGCUGCUCUAGGCGUUCCUUAUGUGCUCGCCAAGGUUGUCUUCCCAAGAUUUGGCUACUCCGCUGCUGUGAACUCAGCAGUAUAUCGCUUCGCAUGGCUGGGCAGCCUCGGCUCCUGUGAGCUCUGCUAUCUCUUCAAGGUGUUGUGUGUCAAACUCCAUGAUUCGAUCAGGGAUGAGCGCUACGUCAUCGGGAAGAGGUUGGAAGAUGUCCCCGAUGAUAGGUGA